UAUCACAGCUGAUCGCUCGGUCAGUGAACUCGCGGGUAGGUUAAGAUUUUUAUAAAAUAUUUAAUGUCAUAAUUGGUGGUAGUUUUAACUUGUCUCUCGAAAUACAUCUUCUAAUACGAACGGACGCGCAUUUGCCUUUUUAUUAGUUAUCCCAGUGUUCCCGGCUCCUAUAUAUCUCAUUUGGCGACGAAUACGGACAAUUAAGCGUGCGGCAGUGAAAGGACAGUAUUAUAAUGUCGAUUGGAAAGUUGCAACCGUUUGAUCCUAGCGCGGACGAUUGGGCGUUGUAUGUGGAUAGGUUAGAGCAAUAUUUCAUUGUGAAUAGCGUAACGGAUGCAUUGAAAGUGCCUACGUUAAUAACAGUGAUGGGCAGUGCAAGUUACGAGUUAUUAGUGACAUUGUGUACGCCGGACAAACCUUCAACAAAAAAAUUUGAAGUGUUAAAAGAACUGAUGACUAAUCAUUUACAGCCUAAAAGGAGCAUAAUGGCGGAACGUUACAAAUUUCGUCAACGAAUACAAAAAAAAGGCGAGUCGUUGGCGGUCUAUGUCGCGGAUUUAAAGAAGAUGACUCAAUAUUGUGAUUUUAAGACGGAACUGGAAAAUAAUCUACGGGAUCAAUUAGUGUGUGGCAUAGCGGACGAUACUAUUAGGCAGAGGUUGUUCGUAGAAGAUGCUUUGACAUUCGCCAAGGCUUGGAAGCUGGCGGUUGCCAUGGAGGCAGCAGAGAAAGACGCAGCGGCAGUCGAUAGUAGGACGCGCGGCACUAGUAAAGAGGUUGUGGAAGUGCUAUAUGCAUCGGCCAGCGGCAGCGGGGCCCGAAGGCAGGGCUCGUCGGGGACCUGGAGGUCUAACGGGGCAACCCAGGUAGCGGGGCGCAGCAAGGCGGCACCGCAGGCAUGGGGCGGACGCGCACAGGCGAAGCAGGCGCCCGUGGCGGGAGCGGCAUCGGCAGGAGCGCCGCGCGCUCGCGAGCAGGGCCAGUGUCGUGUUUGUGGCGGCAAUCAUGACGCGGCGACUUGCAAAUUCCGCGUGUAUUCUUGUCGCGUAUGCAUGCAACAAGGUCAUUUAAAGAAGAUGUGUCCCCGACUACAAACUGGAGCUAGAGUGCAUGCGUUGGACGCAAACGAGGAGGAUGAGGAGGAGUUGUUGAACGAGGUACAAUUUAACGCUUUAUCUGUAGGCAGUUUAAGUCGUUAUAAGCCGUUUAUGAUGACAUUGGACGUUAACGGAAUAGGUUUAGAAAUGGAAGUUGACUCCGGUAGUGCCAUUUCAUGUAUAUAUAAGUCUUGA